UUUGCACCUUGUACCACUUCAUUUCAACUUCAUUUCACAUACGCCCAUCUUAAUAUACCAACAUGAGAUACAUACUUUUGGGCAUUUUAUUGUGUCUUGGAGUUUCUGCAUAUGAGGAAUAUGGAGACUAUCAAGAAUAUGGAAAUUAUGGAGAAAAAGUUUGUGAAGUCGAUGUAUUAAGACAUUCAAGACAUGAAGUUGACAACGAAUUUUGCGAGCAUGGAUGUUGCGGAGAUCCUGUGCAUCAUGACAGGAGAUGUUGCGAUUCCGGAGGAGGAAAUACAAAUACAAAUACAAAUACGAAUGUAAACUUUAAUCUUGGAAUGUACCUAGGAGUAGGAGGUGGUAGUACCGGAUUUCUUAUUAUGAUAUGCAUCUGUUGUUAUUGCUAUAAAAAGGUCUGCAAGUGAAUGGCUAUGUGAUCGGCCGGACGACUCGUGUUUACACAACAUGUUUGAUAUUAACUAUAAAAAUAUUUUUGGAACCUUUGCAUCGACAUUAUGAGAUAAUGUUUCAUAUAGUAUUUUAGUGCUACGUACUAAUUGAACAUGUCGUUAUACAUAUACUGUAUGACACAGUUAAAUAUAUUAUUAAUAAGAUACUUUUAGUAAUAUGUAAAUGUUUUUGUGGAGAUUAAAUAAAAAUAAAUGUAUAAAGGAAAUAGUACUCAUUAUUCGCUUUUCUACAUUUAAGAAAUAGUAUAUUGUGAAAUCAUUAAUAUUCGUGGGGGACUAAUUUUCGUGGAUUUCGUGGUUGAGUCAACCCACGAAAUUUAAUCCCAACGAACAAGUAAAAUUCCCACUCAUUUUAUAUUCAAAAAAUGAAAUCCACGAAUUCAUAUCCCCAUGAAAUUGCCGUUUUGACCAAAACCACGAAAUUUCAUGCCCACGAAAUUAAAUGAUUUUACAGUAUCC